AAGGGUUAGAAGGCACGAUCAUCAAGUUUGCAGAUGACACCAAACUGGGAGGGAGAGCCAACACUCCAGAAGACAGGAGCAGAAUCCAAAACGAUCUUGACAGACUAGAGAGAUGGGCCGAAACUCACAAAAUGAAGUUCAACAGGGACAAAUGCAAGAUAAUUCACUUCAGCAGAAAAAAUGGAAAUCAAAGAUACAGAAUGAGGGACACCUGGCUAGACAGCAGUACAUGUGAAAAAGACCUUGGAGUCCUCGUGGACAAGUUAAACAUGAGCCAGCAAUGUGAUGUGGCUGCUAAGAAAGCCAACGGGAUUUUGGCCUGCAUCAAUAGGGAUUUUCUAAGUAUACACUAGUGACUUCUGCAAAAAUUGUACUAAUGAGAAGGUGGCCAUUGAAUACCGACAGUAGCCACUAAUAUGCCUCUGUUUUCAUAUUCAGCAGUACUACUAUGUUGUAUGUUAUAAGUAAAGGUUUCCCCUGACAUUAACUCCAGUCAUGUCUGAUUCUGGGGGUUGGUGCUCAUCUCCAUUUCUAAGCCAAAGAGCCGGCGUUGUCCGUAGACACCUCCAAGGUCAUGUGGCCACUGACAUGACUGCAUGGAACGCCAUUACCUUCCCGCCGGAGCGGUACCUAUUGAUCUACUCACAUUGGCAUGUUUUCGAACUGCUAGGUUGGCAGAAGCUGGAGCAACAGCGGGCGCUCAAGCCGCUCCCGGGAUUUGAACCUGGGACCUUUCGGUCUGCAAGUUCAGCAGCUUAGCGCUUUAACACACUUCGCCAGGGGGCUCCUACAUAUUGUAUGUUAAUAGAGACUUAUAAUUGCAAUUCCAAACUCCAGAUUCGCGUGCUUUCUGCAAGCGGGCAUGUUAGACGUGUAUGAAUAUUAUUUUCAGAAAACAAAUUAUUGUAUCAAGACUGUUAAGUGAGCAUAGUUCCAGUAGAAACCACAUGAUUUGUCCCACUUGUUUGGGUUUUUUUAAUAUCACUUUUUUAUUUUAAGCAUGUUCUUUUAUUAAAUAAAAUAAAUCGUAAUAAAUUCUCGAUCAUUCUUCAUUCCACCUGCUUUGCUACUUUUGGAACAUAUGUCAUGAUUUGUCCCACUUUGGGUUUUUUGUAUCAUUUUUUAAUUUUAAGCAUGUUCUUUUAUUAAAUAAAAUAAAUCAUAAUAAAUUCUCGAUCGUUCUUCAUUCCACCUGCUUUGCUACUUUGUUACGUGUGGCUUGCUACGGUGGCACCUGCCCAGCCAGCCAUGGCAGAAUGGCCGGGAGCAGAGUUACUUUUUAAUCCUCUCUUUUGUUAAUCAUCAACUUGCCUCUCACUUCCUAAAAGGAUCUGUUGCCAAGGGAUGUAUUUUUUUAAAAAAAAUAACCGGCAAGAAUUUCAAUAUUCAAAUCCACCCAUGCAUUCCAACGCACCCGAGCUCCUUGCCAAGUAUUGGGUACCUCCCUGUACAAGCAUCUUCCAGAAGUCUUGCUCCUCCCUUUGAAAGGCCUGCCAAGAAAGAGCGACCCAUAUAUGGCUCCCCGGUUUCUCACCUUCGCUUCACAUCAACACGUCCACUUCCCGUCUUGGAUGCUCUGGCAAAGAAGGAACUAAAGCGGGCUAAUCUCUUCCGCUCCGACUGGGCGUUUCACUUCCAGCAACUGUUCUCCGUGUUUCUGACACACACCGAAGGAACAGCUUCGUAGCCACGCUCAAAUUCCUCGCACUUGCGUUGGGUCCUUCUCGGUGCCACGAUGCCAACGCUAGAGCCCAACGUCCGCUCCCUGAUCUCUCCGCUGGGCAUCGUCCGCUUCCUGGAGAUCCUCUUGUCCUGUGCGGCCUUCAGCCUCGCGUCCGUCCACCACAGCAAUUAUGGUUCUUACGGCGCCUGGUCCAUGUUUACCUGGUGCUUCUGCUUCAGCAUCUCCGUCUUGGUCGUGGUUGUGGAAGUGGCCGGCUUGACCGAGUCCUUGCGGAUCUCCUGGCAGGACUUCACCUCCGCCUUCUCCAUGCUGGCCGCCCUCAUGAUCUUCACCACCUCCAUUGUCUACCCGUCGACUUUCAUCCCGUACUGCAACGACUGCAGUUACAUAGCCGCGGCGACCGCCAUGUCCUGCUUCUGCUUCGUCGCCUACGCCGUCGAGGUGGGAUUGACCCGAGCCAAAGAAGGGGAGAUCAGCGGCUUCCUGGCCACCAUCCCUGGCCUCCUGAAGGUCUUUGAAGCCUAUGUGGCGUGUCUCAUCUUCUCCUUGGUGGCCAACUACACGUUCUAUGAUCUCUAUGCGGGUCUGCAGUGGAGCCUGGCUGUCUACUGCAUCUGCUUCAUCAUCACCUUGGUCAUCAUCAUCCUCACCGUCGGGCGCUGCCUCGCCUCCUUGCCGUUCCCUUUGGAGAAAGUCCUGGUGGCCUACAACGUCUUGGCGGUCCUCUUGUACAUUACGGCCGCUGUUGUGUGGCCCCUCUAUAGCUUCAAAAACUAUUCGAGGCCAGAUCCGUGUAACAGAAUUACUUGCGUAACAUGGAACAACCGUCUAGGCGUGACCUUCCUCACUUAUUUCAACCUCAUCGCCUACAUUGUGGACUUGGUUUACUCCUCCAAAAUGGUUUUUGUGACCGCUCCAGCUUAGGCUUCCUCAACCAGGAUAGAAUAAAAGUUGUGACUGGAUACAAAGUGUUGUGAAUCCCAACACAAAGACAGCAACCGACCCGAUGUCUUGCAUCUGGUGACGGGCUGGUUUUUGUGUCAUUGUCCUUGCUUUUAUUUUAUUUUUUUGGUUGGAAUAUUUCAUCCAUUGCUUUUUAGUUUAAGAUACAGUAGAGUCUUACUUAUCCAACAUAAACGGGCCAGCAGAACGUUGGAUAAGCUAAUAUGUUGGAUAAUAAGGAGAUAUAGAAAAGCAUCUGUGACGGGCUUGCAUCUGGUGACGGGCUGGUUUUUGUGUUAUUGUCCUUGCUUUUAUUUUUAUUUAUUUUUUGUUGGAAUAUUUCAUCCAUUGCUUUUUAGUUUAAGAUACCGUGUUUCCCUGAUAAUAUUAAUUUCUGUUCCAAAAGAUGCGCUAGGUCUUAUUUUAAGGGGAUGUCUUAUAUUUCCAUGAAGAAGAAUUCACAUUUAUUGUCGGAAAAAAAUGAACAUUUAUUAUAUACUGUACAGUAAUUUUCAUCACAAACCAGCAUAACCAGACAAAUUGUGAAUCCUAUCAAGAAUUUCUUAUUACAGUAGAGUCUUGCUUAUCCAACGUAAACGGGCCGGCAGAAUGUUGGAUAAGCAAAUAUGUUGGAUAAUAAGGAGAGAUUAAGGAAAAGCCUAUUAAACAUCAAAUUAGGUUAUGAUUUUACAAAUUAAGCACCAAAACAUCAUGUUAUACAACAAAUUUGACAGAAAAAGUAGUUCAGUACACAGUAAUGCUAUGUAGUAAUUACUGUAUUUACGAAUUUAGCACCAAAAUAUCAUGAUAUAUUGAAAACAUUGACUACAAAAAUGCGUUGGAUAAUCCAGAACGUUGGAUAAGCGAGUGUUGGAUAAGUGAGACCCUACUGUAGUACAGUAGAGUCUCACUUAUCCAACAUAAACGGGCCAGCAGAACGUUGGAUAAGCAAAUAUCUUGGAUAAUAAGGAGGCAUUAAGGAAAAGCCUAUUAAACAUCAAAUUAGGUUAUGAUUUUACAAAUUAAGCACCAAAACAUCAUGUUAUACAACAAAUCUGGCAGAAAUAGUAGUUCAAUAAGCAGUAAUGCUAUGUAGUAAUUACUAUAUUUACGAAUUUCGCACCAAAAUUAUCAUGAUGUAUUGAAAACAUUGACUACCAAAAUGCGUUGGAUAAUCCAGAACGUUGGAAAAGCGAGUGUUGGAUAAGUGAGACUUUACUGUAGUACUUUGUUGCCGGCGGAGCCCUUCCUCCUCAAAGCACUGAACCUUUCCAUGAAAUAUAUGCAGCUCGUAGAAAUGAAACUGUAAGUUGAUUUUUCUAAUUUGCCAGGCCUCCCAUUUUCCUUAUUGAGCAGCAGGUAAAGUAGGCAGGUAAAGGUUUCCACUGACGUUAAGUCCAGUCGUGUCCGACUCUGUGGGUUGGUGCUCAUCUCCAUUUCUAAAACGAAGAGCCGGCGUUGUCCAUAGACACCUCCAAGGUUAUGUAGCCGGCAUGACUGCAUGGAGCGCCGUUACCUUCCCACUAGAGCAGUACCUAUUGAUCUACUCACAUUGGCACGUUUUCGAACUGCUAGGUUGGUAGGAGCUGGGAGCAGUAGGGAGAGUCCCAAUUCAUCCUUUGCUGUCUCACCUUUUCAGCUGUUUUUAAAAAGCCCCGGCUUCUCUCUCCUCCUCCCACUUCCACCCUUUCUCCUCAACUCAUUUCAAUCGUUUUUCUCACAACCCAGAAGAGACAAGGUGAAAACCCAUCUUUCCCAGUUAUCUCUGGCAAAAGCCAACUCCUAACUCGUGUUUUCCUCCUCUUUAAUAACCUUAGUCACAUUCAAAUGCGACAUUUUCAUCUGACGAGGGUAAAUUGGUCCAAGAAAAGACCAGGUUGUUAUAUGUUUUCUGGGCUGUAUGGCUAUGUUCCAGAAGCAUUCUUUCCUGACGUUUCACCCACAUCUAUGGCAGGCAUCCUCAGAGAUGAUGAUGAUGAUGAUGAUGAUAAUUGAGUUGUUGUGAGUUUUCCGGGGAUGAUGAUGAUGAUGAUGAUGAUUGGGUUGUUGUGAGUUUUCUGGGCUGUAUGGCUAUGUUCCAGAAGCAUUCUUUCCUGACGUUUCACCCACAUCUAUGGCAGGCAUCCUCAGAGAUAAUGAUGAUGAUGAUGAUGAUGAUAAUUGAGUUGUUGUGAGUUUUCCGGGGAUGAUUAUGAUGAUGAUGAUGAUUGGGUUGUUGUGAGUUUUCUGGGCUGUAUGGCUAUGUUCCAGAAGCAUUCUUUCCUGACGUUUCACCCACAUCUAUGGCAGGCAUCCUCAGAGAUGAUGAUGAUGAUGAUGAUGAUAAUUGAGUUGUUGUGAGUUUUCCGGGGAUGAUGAUGAUGAUGAUGAUUGGGUUGUUGUGAGUUUUCUGGGCUGUAUGGCUAUGUUCCAGAAGCAUUCUUUCCUGACGUUUCGCCCACAUCUAAGGCAGGCAUCCUCAGAGAUGAUGAGGAUGAUGAUUAUUGUGAGUUUUCUGGGCUGUACGGCUAUGUUCCAGAAGCAUUCUUUCCUGACGUUUCACCCACAUCUAUGGCAGGCAUCCUCAGAGAUGAUGAUGAUGAUGAUGAUAAUUGAGUUGUUGUGAGUUUUCUGGGGAUGAUGAUGAUGAUGAUGAUGAUGAUGAUGAUUGGGUUGUUGUGAGUUUUCUGGGCUGUAUGGCUAUGUUCCAGAAGCAUUCUUUCCUGACGUUUCGCCCACAUCUAAGGCAGGCAUCCUCAGAGAUGAUGAUGAUGAUUAUUGUGAGUUUUCUGGGCUGUACGGCUAUGUUCCAGAAGCAUUCUUUCCUGACGUUUCACUCACAUCUAUGGCAGGCAUCCUCAGAGGUGAUGAUGAUGAUGAUGAUGAUGAUGAUGAUGAUGAUGAUUGGGUUGUUGUAAGUUUUCUGGGCUGUACGGCUAUGUUUCAGAAGCAUUCUUUCUUGACGUUUCGCCCUCAUCUAUGGCAGGCAUCCUCAGAGGUGGUUGUUGUUGUUGUUGUUAUUAUUUGAAACACAACAAGAUGAGUCCACAGCAGACACUCUGCUGGCUGUUGUAUCAGAUCACACAUCGGACACUUCCCAAGUGUCUAGGACUGUAUCAUGUAUCGGCGAAUAAUGCGUGGAGAUCCCAGCAAGGUGGCCUUUUGCAACUGGCAGGUGGGGAUUUUGUCAGUGCCAAUUGUGUUUCAGUGCAGGCCAAGGUCUUUAGGCACUGCAUCCAGUGUGCCAAUCACUACUGGGACCACUUUGACUGGCUUGUGCCAGAGUCUUUGUAAUUCAAUCUUUAAAUCCUCAUAUCGUGUCUGCUUUUCUAGUUGUUUCUCCUCAAUCCUGCCAUCACCUGGGAUUGCUACAUUGACAAUCCAUACUAUUAUUAUUAUUAUUAUUAUUAUUAUUAUUAUUAUUAUUAUUAUUAUUUUAUUAUGACACACCAAACAAGAUAGACAUGCUGGAUUUCGUAUCACAAAAUCACAAGUCGAAUACUUCCCAAGUGUCUAGGACUGUGUGAUGUAUUUUUGGAUGAUGCGUGCAGAUCCCAGUAGGGUGGCCUUUUGCAGUUGGCAGAUCAUGAUUUUGUCAAUGUCUAUUGUUUCCAAAUGCCGGCUGAGAUCUUUUGGCACGGCACCCAGUGUGCCCAUCACCACUGGGACCACCUGCACUGGUUUCUGCCAUAGUCUUUGAAGUUCAAUCUUGAGGUCCUGAUAGCGGCUGAGUUUUUCCUGUUGUUUUUCGUCAAUGCGACUGUCACCUGGGAUGGCGACAUCAAUGAUCCAAACCUUUUUCUUUUCCACAACUGUGAUGUCUGGUGUGUUGUGUUCCAUAACUUUGUCAGUCUGGAUUCGGAAGUCCCACAGUAUCUUUCCGUGCUCAUUUUCCAGUACUUUUGCAGGUUUGUGAUCCCACCAGUUAUUAUUAUUAUUAUUUUAUUUUAUGACACAGCAAACAAGAUAGAUAUGCUGGAUUUCGUAUCACAAAAUCACAAGUCGAACACUUCCCAAGUGUCUAGGACUGCCACUUAUUAUUAUUAUUAUUAUUAUUAUUAUUAUUAUUAUUAUUAUUAUUAUUUUAUUAUGACACAGAGAACAAGAUAGACAUGCUGGAUUUCAUAUCACAAAAUCACAAGUCGAACACUUCCCAAGUGUCUAGGACUGCCACUUAUUAUUAUUAUUAUUAUUAUUAUUAUUAUUAUUAUUAUUAUUAUUAUUAUUAUUUUAUUAUGACACAGAGAACAAGAUAGACAUGCUGGAUUUCAUAUCACAAAAUCACAAGUCAAACACUUCCUAAGUGUCUAGGACUGUGUGUUUUCGGAUGACGCGUGCAGAUCCCAGCAGGGUGGCCUUUUGCAGCUGGCAGAUCGUAAUUUUGUCAAUGUCUAUUGUUUCCAAAUGCCGGCUGAGAUUAUUAUUAUUAUUAUUAUUAUUAUUAUUAUUAUUAUUAUUAUUAUUAUUAGGUUGUUGUGAGUUUUCCGGGCUGUACGGCUAUGUCCCAGAAGCAUUCUCUCCUGACUUUUCGCCCACAUCUAUGCCAGGCAUCCUCAGAGGUUGUGAGGUGUUGGAAACUAGGCACGUGCCAAUAGAUGUGGGCGAAACAUCAGGAGAGAAUGCUUCUGGAACAUGGCCAUGCAGCCCGGAAUAUUCACAGCUAUCCAGUGAUUCCGGCCAUGAAAACCUUCGACAACACGAGAAAGAUUGCUCGAAACAAGAAAGAAGUAAGAAGCAUUCCAGGAAGGAGAAAUUAAGUUUCAAAAUGGGAACUGGGCCAACGGAGUAAAAUCUGAUUCCAGUUGCUCUUGGGACUUCAGCAGAUAGAAUAUAUUCUUAACCUUUGCUCUCAGGUGGGGACGCAGAUAAGCAUUUUCCACCUUCUUCUGCCUGAUAAAUUUGCACCUGCUGCAGAGUAGAAUCAGAGUGUGCAUAUAUGUGAGUGUGUGUGUAUGCUUUACUGCAUUCCCAGUAACCGCCAAGCAGCAUUCCAGCUGGGGAUGAUGCUGGGAGUCUGAGUAACAAAACAACAACAAAGUUCUGAACUUUAGGUAGAAUUCUCUUUGCGGUACAGGUAAAUUUAAAGGUUUUCCCCUGACGUUAAGUCCAGUCGUGUCCGACUCUAGGUGUUGGUGCUCAUCUCCAUUUCUAAGCCAAAGAGCUGGCGUUGUCCGUAGACACCUCCAAGGUCAUAUAUAUAUAUACCUCACAACCUCUGAGGAUGCCUGCCAUAGAUGUGGGCGAAAUGUCAGGAGAGGAUACUUCUGGAACAUAGCCAUACAGCCUGGAAAACACACAACCACCCUGGAAUCCCAGCCAUGAAAGCCUUCGACUAUAGGCUUUGGUCCACCGAUUGAGGUUCCGGGUUUUAGCCUGCCACUUUUGGACUCUUGCUUGCUGCAAGUAUCUCCGUAGAUCUUCUAAAGCAGUGAUGGCCAACCUAUGACACGCAUGUCAGCACUGACACGCCUAACCAUUUUUGCUGACAUGCUGCCGCAUGCAGAUUGAUUGGAUGACUAAUGUCUUUUGUGGCCAAAUUUGGUGUGAUUUGGUCCAGUGGUUUUGUUGUUUACUCCAUGGGAAUUCUGCACAUUACACACAUACACACACACACACACACACACAUAUAUAUAAUCAUUCUAUUAUUAUUCUAUUAUUAUUGUAGUAUAUUAUUAUAUUAUUACCAUUAUAUUAUUAUUAUAUUAUGCAUUAUUCAUGACUACAUUGAAACUACAAUAGAGAGAAAUCAGCGUGGAAAUUGCAAGAGGUACCAUAGAUGGUUGUACAUGGAAAUAAUGGGUGUAAAUAGUUUUUGAUUUAUUAAAUACAGUUAUAUAUUGCAAUUAUAUAUUUUUGUUAUUUAAAACUAUACAUAUUGUGAAAUUAUGGGGGUUUUUUCCUCAAAGUGACACACCACCCAAGUCAUGCUAGGUUUUUUGGUGUAUUUUGACACACUUAAGUGCAAAAGGUUGCCCAUAAUUGUUCUAAAGCUUAUUUCUUAAUUUAAGGUGUUGGCUUUCUGGCUAUUAUCCGAACAGAAUGGGCCAGAGAUGUCACUGCCUUGGUCCACCAAUUGAGGUUCUGGGUUUUAGCCUGCCACUUUUGGACUCUUGCUUGCUGUGAGUAUCUUUGUAGAUCUUCAAAAGCUUAUUUCUUCAUUUAAGGCGUAUAUUUUCUGGCUGAUAUCCGAAUAGAGGAUGGGCUGGAGAUGUCACUGCCUUGGUCCACUGAUUGAGGUUCUGGGUUUUAGCCUGCCACUUUUGGACUCUUGCUUGCUGUGACUAUCUCUGUAGAUCUUAGGAAGCUAUCGCCAUGCAAUGGGACCAGUGUUUUUUUUUAAAAAAGUAAAUUCACAAGGCAUGUACUGUGGAUGUUUUGAGAAAGUGUGACGUUGGACACAAGCUACGUUCAGAGAAAGAUGAAGUUUGGGCAGGAUGACUAAAGUGGUUCUCCAUCUCCCAUCCAAUGCAUUUUUCUUCUCCUUUGGCCCCAAUCUGCAGAAAUGUCAGCCUCCGUAUACUAGUCAGGGCUGACGUAUUGGACAAAAUGUUGAACAGGCAACGGCUGUGUGGCCAUGUUCCAGGAGCAUUAUCUCCUGAUGUUUUGCCCACAUCUAUGGCAGGAAACUAGGCAUGUAUAAAUGCUGUAAAUAAAUAAAAUAAAUAAGUGGGGUUUAUAUAUCUCUGGAAUAAUGUCUAGGUUGGGAGAAAGAGCUCUUGUGCACUUGAGGCAAGUAUGAACGUUGCAAUUGCACCUCUCGACAAAGGAUUCCCCCCAGGCAGGAAGCAGCCAGGCUUUGAAGCUGCAUGGCAAUUCAAUGCUAAUUAAGGCGGCCAAUUGCAACAUUCAUACUUGCCUCAAGCAGACAAGAGUUCUUUCUUCCAACUUGGACAUCAUUACACAGAUAUAUAAACCCCACUUGCCUCAUUUCCAACAGACCUCACAAACUCUGUGCAUGCCUGCCAUAGGUGUGGACGAAACGUCAGAAAAGAAUGCUUCUGGAACAUAGCCAUACAGCCCGGAAAACUCACAGCAAGCCAUGAAAGACUUUGACAACACAUAUUCCUUCUUACUUACUAUCCCAUAACAUUUAAUGCAUCCCUUUUGCUUCUAGUUAGAUGCCAGUUGCAGAGCAGAGUGGAGGGUGAGUCCUGUCACUGCAAGGACUAGGAAGAAAAGAGGAAACUAACAUAAUAAAUACAUUGACUGGGUUGUUGUAUGUUUUCCGGGCUGUAUGGCCAUAUUCCUGGGUAUAAUAAACACAGCCAAUCUGGAGUAUAUGUUAGAGAUGAGCCAUGGAAAUUGGAGAUUCGGGCCAAGCCUUGGGAUCUGGCAACCAUUGCCAAUUGACGUGGGUCAAAACUAUUAUUCCUUGCAUUAUGUACAUUCAGCUGUUUGUUAAUUGCUGCCAUUUAUUCAAUUCAAUUUCUGAAAUUUUGAAUUGCAAAUAUAAAAUUUACUUAGGGUAAGAAUUUCAUUUUAGAUAAAGCUAUUCUGCCAAACGAGGAGGAGCGUGCAUUGUUAUGUUCAAUUAAUUUUUUAUCUCUUUUCUUAAGACCACUUUCCAUUUUUCUUAAUAUUUUCAUUAGUAUUCUUCUGAAUAUUUUUGUGAAUAUUUUCAUGUUUUAUGAAUAUUUUAGUGUAAUAUUGCUGUAAUUCUUUUUGUGAAUUAUUUCUGUGAUUAUUUUUAUAAACAACUUCGUGAAUA